GAGUCGCGCGCGGCGGGAGGGCAGAGAAAUCCUUAGGGCGGGCAGGAGCCAGACCCGCAGCCUCCCGCCGACAGCGCCAUGGACGGCACCGGCAACGCCACCCUGCUCUUCGGCCCGUCCUCGUUGCCGCCGGACAACUACACCUUGUCGCCCAACGCCAGCAGCCUGAGCCCCGGCCCAGACGCCGCCCUGGCGCCCGCCUCCAGCGCCGGCCCCAGUCCCGGGCUCAGUGUCGCGCCGGGGCCCGGCGUCAGUUUCCGCCCCGGCCCCACUCCGACCCUGACGCCGACGGCCGGCUGCUUCGCGGGUGGCGCCGCCGGCCCGAGCCCUACCCUGUUCGCUCAGCCCGAGGCCGCCCACGAGCCCCCGUUCUGGGACACGCCGCUGAACCACGGGCUGAACGUGUUUGUGGGCGCCGCCCUGUGCAUCACCAUGCUGGGCCUGGGCUGCACGGUGGACGUGAACCACUUCGGGGCGCACGUCCGUCGGCCGGUGGGCGCGCUGCUGGCCGCGCUCUGCCAGUUCGGCUUCUUGCCGCUGCUAGCCUUCCUGUUGGCGCUCACCUUCUCCUUGGACGGGUCGGCCGCCGUGGCGGUGCUCCUGUGUGGCUGCUGUCCCGGCGGGAAUCUCUCCAACCUGAUGUCCCUGCUGGUUGACGGCGACAUGAACCUCAGGUACGGAGCCGCUGUCCGCAUCAUCAUGACCAUCUCUUCCACGCUCCUGGCCCUGGUCUUGAUGCCACUGUGCCUGUGGAUCUACAGCCGGGCUUGGAUCAACACUCCUCUGGUGCAAUUACUGCCCAUAGGGACAGUGAUCCUGACUCUCUGCAGCACUCUCAUCCCUAUUGGUUUGGGCGUCUUCAUUCGCUACAAAUACAACCGGGUGGCUGACUACAUUGUGAAGGUUUCCCUGUGGUCUCUGCUAAUGACGCUGGUGGUCCUUUUCAUAAUGACCUGCACUAUGUUAGGACCCAAACUGCUGGCAAGUAUUCCUGCAGCUGUUUAUGUAGUAGCGAUUUUUAUGCCUUUGGCAGGUUACGCCUCAGGUUAUGGCUUAGCUACUCUCUUCCAUCUUCCACCCAACUGCAAGAGGACCGUGUGCCUGGAAACAGGGAGCCAGAACGUGCAGCUCUGUACCGCCAUUCUAAAACUGGCCUUUCCACCGCAAAACAUAGGAAGUAUGUACAUGUUUCCCUUGCUUUAUGCCCUUUUCCAGUCUGCAGAAGCAGGGAUUUUUGUUUUAAUAUAUAAAAUAUAUGGGAGUGGAAUAUUGUACAAGCAAGAUCCUCUAGAUGAGGAUGAAGAUACAGAUAUUUCUUAUAAGAAACUAAAAGAAGAGGAAAUGGCAGACACUUCCUAUGGCACAGUGAAAGCAGAUAAUUUAAUUAUGAUGGAAACCACUCAGACUUCGCUCUAAAUAUGGGGAUACACACAGUUUAUCUUGCUGAAAUAUUACUUCAUGUUUAUGGUCUGUGGUAGUGUCUAUGGUUUACAUAAAGAACAACAAUUGGUUCACAUUAUUAAACAUGUAACAAUUUUGAUCUGCCCACCAUAAGGUUGCAUUGGUAUAUUAACCAAGCGUUUUCAUAAAUUACAAAUCAAUGUCGUAAUAUAACUUGCACCUGGGACUGCUAGGGUGCCGCCUGAACAAAUGUGCUUUUUGGUUUUUCACCGUUACCGAUUUCUAUGAUUGUUUCAAAUAUGUUAACUCUUAGAAAACAGGGUCUUGGAAAUGUAGAAUUUUGAUGCACUAUCUUAUAUGAGUAAAAACAUGCUAUAUUUGUAAAGCAUAAUUGAGUUUAAUGUAAUUGUUGUUAAAAACAAAGUGUGCUUGCUCAGCCUAUAAAUCCUUGACAUUGUUAAAAUUUGACCUGUAUUCAGAAAAAUCCCCAAACAGGUCUAUUAAAC